AUACUACAAGUAAAUUUCUUAAUUCCAGAUACGCCAAGGGAACCAUCUUUAGUUUUAAUAUUGAAAUGGGGUGGCGAAUUAACGCCGGCUGGAAGAGUUCAAGCAGAAGAAUUAGGACGUGUAUUUCGAUGUAUGUACCCGGGGGGACAAGAUGAAGUGACUAUUAAAGAUUUCUAUAAAGAAGGCGAAUAUGCUGGAACCCAGGGUUUGGGUCUGCUGAGAUUACACAGCACGUAUCGUCACGAUUUAAAAAUAUACGCUUCCGACGAAGGCAGGGUGCAGAUGACAGCAGCGGCAUUUGCAAAGGGUCUUCUUGCUCUGGAGGGUGAAUUAACACCAAUUCUUGUUCAGAUGGUCAAAAGUGCAAACACAAACGGUUUGCUGGACAACGAUUGCGAAUCUAGUAAUUUUCAGAAUACUGUAAAGCAGAGAUUACAUGAUGCGAUGCAAGUUGAUCGAGAACUAACAUUAGAAGAUUAUGAGAAGUUAAAUCCCACUCAGGCUCGUUCAAUACAGAAUGCUUUAGCAUUUAUAAAAAAUCCAGUUAAAGCAUGCGAACACAUCUACGAACUCGUUCAAAUGUUAAAUCAUCUAAUUAAAAAGAAGAAAGAGGAUCCUAAAGUACAGGAGUCACCAUUAUAUCACGGCGAAACGUGGGACUUGAUGCAGCGUCGCUGGGCAAAAUUAGAAAAGGAUUUUAAAUUGAAAAAUGAAAAAUUUGACAUUAGCAAGAUUCCAGAUAUAUACGAUUGCAUUAAAUAUGACCUACAACACAACCAGCAUACUUUGCAGUUUACACAUUCAGAAGAAUUAUAUAUAUAUGCAAAAGCUUUAGCAGAUAUUGUCAUUCCUCAGGUAUUAUAA